CACGGACGGGAAAAGGAAACGAGAAGACGAUACCUUCUUCGCCAACUUCGACGACUUGGAGGACAACUUCGAUGGCUUCCUGCCGGAGCAGCGAAACCAAGGCGAUGGGAUGGGCUUUGGCAUACCGGGGCAGCCACCCAGAUCAAGAACGCUGCCAUCUUCCAGUCUCCCUCCACCGUUCUUCUACUUCGAGAACGUAGCGGUCAUGCCUCGCGGGAGCUGGGAGGACUCGACGGCAUCGAGCCAGAGCUCGUCAACUCCAAAUGGUUUUGCGCUGCGUCCAGGCCGCGAGGCUACGUCCACAACCUCCCCGUCAAAGGAAGAAGGGCGCUGCAUCCGGGACCGAUGACGAUCCAGGAGCUCGUCCCAGGGAUGGAGAACGUCCGGCCGCCGUGGGACAAGCGCGUCAAGCUCAACUGCAUCACCACCUCGAGCGACCGAGCUGCUCGCGUUCAGGCCAGCGCCGAGGCGUUCUACAACGACGACGACGUCGAUCCUCAAGUCUUCCUCGACAUGAAGAGAGCCAACCUCGUCUGGCGCGGCCGGGGGAUCCUGGCGCCGCUCGAAGUCCAGGAGCUGGAAGUAGUGCAAGGCUUCGACGUCGGGCACACGAGCUCCGGCCAGUCCCCGGCCGAGCGGAUCAAAGCUCUCGGGAACGCCAUGCAAGUCCACACGGUGGCAUGGCAUCUCUCGGUGCUGGGGGAGCUCUUCCCAUCCGGUAUCCGGGUCCUCUCGCUCUUCUCGGGGAUCGGCGGCAUCGAGGUGGCGUUGGAGAAGCUCGGUAUUCCAAUCAAGUUCCUCGUGAGCGUCGAAACCAGCGCGGACUGCCACCGAGUUCUGCGCAGCUGGUGGCAUAGAACCAGGCAGCGAGGAACACAUAUCGUCUUGGGCGACGUGACGGAGCUGUCUCGAGAGAGGAUCGAGGAGCUCGCUGCUCGAGCCGGGGGUGGCUUCGAUCUGGUGGCCGGUGGAAGCCCGUGCAACAACUUCUCGGGUAACAACAGGACUUCUCGGACUGGGAUCACUGGCGAUAAGUCGCGGCUCUUCUUCGACUACGUGAGGAUUCUCACCACGGUGAGAAGCAUCAUGGCCAAGUCGGCGUCGUGAUCGAAUCCACCAGGCAAGUUCUUUUUUGGUCGCGGUCUUUGCUACAAGAUUUUCCUUUUUUCAGCAUGGCUGCCAAAUCGUUUUUUGAUCUAACUUUGACAGAUUUUCCAGCUUUGUGGUAAUACUUUGAUAACUAGAUCUUUUCUUUG